GGUUACAAUAAGAGCUCGGUGAAACGCGCCGAAGUUAUAUGAAGAGCAAACUAGUAGUCUCACCCAAACUCAAUAUGCCUUCUCAUCCAAACGCUGUUCAAGGAAGGCAACCCAGCGCAGAAGAACAUCAUCAGCGCACUCUUUUCCGCAUCAAGCAAAUUCAAUCGCACCUCUCGAACUCUCCGCGCGGGCAGCGACUCAAAGGUAAAACUUGCAUUAUCACUGGUGUUGGAUCAUUGCAUGGCAUAGGCCGUGCUUCUGCGUUCCUGUUCGCGCAUGAAGGAGCGACUCAUCUAUACUUGCUCGAUUUCUCGCCAGAGAACCUGCCUGAGCUCAAGUCAACUAUCGAGAACUCAUAUCCGGACGUCAAAGUGACCACAAUUCAAGCCGACGCAGCAAACGAGACUGCCAUAGCAGCUGUCUGUGAACAAGCAUUACAAGAUGAAGGUCGAUUGGAUGUAUUCUUUGCCAACGCUGGUUUCGCAAGUAAUAGGUCGCUUCCCGAUGUGACUGCAGAAAAUUUCAUGGAAAGCAUGCGAGUCAAUACAUUGUCCUGCUUCCUUGCUGUCAAACACGGUUCCGACGCGAUGAUGAAGACCAAUCCGUCGAAAGGGAAAGAAGUUAGUGGAGGAAGUAUCAUUUUGACUGCAUCUGUGGCAGGGUUGCGGUCCGGGGCAGGGACCAUAGACUAUAGCGCAAGCAAGGCGGCCGUGAACUCGAUCGCGAAGACAAGCGUAUAUCAACUUCAGAAGACUGACAUCCGUGUAAACACAAUCUGUCCGGGCCUGAUCGAGACCAAUAUGACCAAGGACAUGUUCGAUGCCGCUCGCCAACGAGGCAGGGAGAGCAAGAUUGGACAAUUAAACCCGAUGGGCCGCUUCGGCGUCGCUCAAGAAAUUGCUCACAUGAGCUUGUUUUUGGCUUCGGAUGAAUCGAGUUAUGUCAAUGGACAGAACAUCGCGGUUGAUGGGGGGCUUUCGUCAUCGCACCCUGUAGUCCCAGGACGGUGGGCCUGAUAUGCCGCCGAACUUUCUCAAACUGCAUCUUGGAAUCUCCCUUUUUUGUCACAGUAUUGCUUUUGUACUUAAUACUGAUUGAAUCAGUGUUUUAUGACGUUUGGGGCGUUACAUCAAUGUGUUUUGGCAUGGCGACUCCGCGAGGACGCUCGCGGAGUUUGCUCUCAACUAUGGUCACCCUUUUAUUGAGAGUCUUUGCUUGUGAUGUGCGGCACACUCAUACAUCAAGUACGCGAAACAUAGGACGAUCGAAGCAUGCAGCAGAGUCAAGAUAGUCAGCGCAUGCGUCAUACGUUGGUACAACUUUGGCUGUGUACUCUAAUGUAUAUCAACUCAACUUGUUCUGCAAUAUGAACGCCUGAGCACCCACAGAACCUGCAGGGUGCUCGAAACCUUCAUGGCCGCCCACACUCGUAACAGUUUAU